UUCCCAAACGUUUAUUGAGCGUUGUUAAAAGAAAAGGUGAUGUAACACAAUGGUGAACAUGCCCUUUCCCAACUACUUUGGCACGUGUUGCAGCCAUGAAAUUCUAAGUUAAUUAUUAUUUGCAAAAAAAAAAUGAAGUUUAUGAGUUUGAACAUCAAAUAUCUUGUCUUUGUGGUGCAUUCAAUUGGGUUGAAAAUGAUUUGCAAAUCAUCGUAUUCCGUUUAUAUUUACAUCUAACACAAUUUCCCAACUCAUAUGGAAACGGGGUUUGUAAAAGAGGAGAACGCCUCUUCAACUUGGAGGCCAAUCGCAGGCAGUCUGCAUCCUGUGGGUCAUCUUUAUCAGGUGGACGACUUCUUACUCUUCUCAGCAUUGACUGCUCACAACAAGUUCCAUCAACAUCACCGUGAAGACUUGGAGGAGCUUGUUGACAUGACAGCAUCUUUUGAUGGAGGACUUGAUGGAAGCUGAAUUCAAUGGAACAUUUAUAACUCUUGGUGGCUUUGUAGAAAUGGACAAGUAUAGAUAUCUUUACUUUGUUAUCUUGUUGACGAUAUAUAUUAUCAUCCUCUGCACUAACUGCACCAUUAUAUGUCUGAUCUGGAUCCACAGGGACCUUCAUGAGCCUAUGUACAUUUUCAUUGCAGCUUUGUCACUAAACUCUCUUUUGUUUAGCACUGCUAUCUACCCUAAACUUUUCAUUGACAUCUUAUCUCACAAACAGACCAUUUCUUAUUCUGCUUGUCUGUUUCAAUAUUUGCUUUACUAUUCAUUUGCAGUAUCAGACUUCUUACUGUUGUCAGCCAUGGCUUAUGACAGGUAUGUGUCUAUCUGCAAACCUCUGCAUUAUCCAACUAUCAUGGGGAAAAGAACUGUUAUUGUCCUCCUGACUUUGGCCUGGUUUCUAUCUACAUGUGAGGUUGCAGUGGCAACUGUGAUUAGUUCUCAAAAAAAACUAUGUGACCUUACAACAAAAGGCAUUUUUUGUAACAAUACAAUUUUUAAGCUUCACUGUGUAAAAUCAUCAUUUCUUAACGCGUAUGGUUUGUUUGUAUUGAUGAAUCUUGUUGUUGUUCCUUUGAUGUUCAUCCUUUUUACGUACAUAAAGAUAUUUAUAGUAACUUAUCACAGUUGUGUAGAAGUCAGGAAAAAAGCGGCAGAGACAUGUUUACCUCACCUGAUGGUUUUAUUACUGCACUGGCUU